AUGUGGAUGGGCUGGUCUAGUGCAGUCAACGCACAGUCUUGCCAGCUACCUCAAACAAAACACGCCGUCGACUUCUCUCCAGGAGCUAGCACAGUUGACAUUUCCCUGUUUUGCUCCUUAUUCAUCCGGCAACAUGGCCAAAGUUUCACGGCCGAGCAUGGACUCGUCGAGCUUGGUGGUGAUGGUGUGGUGGUAGACAUGCAAGGUGCUUCUAGUUGCUUCGUCCAACAGACAGUCGGCGGCGUGUUGUUGGUCCUCCCAUCACACCACAUCGUCCACAUGCAAAGUACUUACCAGUCGACUUUUGAGGUCGCGUUGUGCUCAAAGGAGGAGCAGGGGGAAACCAGGAGGGCUCGUGAAUCUGCAAGCCCCCGACGCUCGUCACCAGAGAACAAGCUUCAGCCCGACAGCCCUCAUCCCAGACCAUUUCCCUUUCUCACUCCCAUUCCCUUCCUGACUCGCCUGAGGCAUGGUGAUGCCAAGCCUUGGGUCGGCGGCAGCGCCUCCAUCAUGCAUCCACAUGGCGAAGGGGACAGCCAAAAGCUGUGA